GGGCGCGGAGGAGGAAGAUGGCGGUGGCGGCCCUGGGCCCGUGAGGAUUGCGGCGGCAGAGGAGACGGCCCAUGGCGGCCGGGAAGCGCCCUCGGGGACCCGCGGGCCGCUAGGGCGCGACGCUGGCCGGCAUGUCGGAGCACGCGGCGCCCGGAGCCCCGGGGCCUGGGCCCAACGGCGGCGGCCCAGCCCCCGCGCGCGGGCCCCGCACCCCCAACCUAAACCCCAACCCGCUCAUCAACGUGCGCGACCGGCUCUUCCACGCGUUGUUCUUCAAGAUGGCAGUCACCUAUUCGCGGCUCUUCCCGCCUGCCUUCCGCCGUCUCUUCGAGUUCUUCGUGUUGCUCAAGGCCCUGUUUGUGCUCUUCGUCCUGGCCUAUAUCCACAUCGUCUUCUCCCGAUCGCCCAUCAACUGCCUGGAGCAUGUGCGGGACAAGUGGCCACGAGAGGGCGUCCUGCGUGUGGAGGUACAGCAGAACUCGAGUCGCGCACCCGUCUUCCUGCAGUUUUGUGACGGUGGUCGCAGCAGCUUCCCUGGCCUGGCUGUGGCGCCUGGUGGCCUGGAGCUGGAGGAGGAGGAGGAGGAGCUGACCAUGGAGAUGUUUGGGAACCACUCCAUCCAGUUUGAGCUGGACAUUGAGCCCAAGGUAUUCAAGCCACCCGGUGGCCCUGAGGCCCUGAAUGAUAGCCGGGAGUUCCCCUUCCCUGAGACACCAUCGAAAGUGUGGCCGCAGGACGAGUACAUUGUGGAGUACUCACUGGAGUAUGGCUUCCUGCGCCUAUCACAGGCCACGAGACAGCGGCUUAGCAUCCCAGUCAUGGUGGUCACCCUGGACCCCACAAGGGACCAGUGCUUUGGAGACCGCUUCAGCCGCCUGCUGUUGGCUGAGUUCCUGGGCUAUGAUGACAUCCUCAUGUCCAGCGUGAAGGGCCUGGCCGAGAAUGAGGAGAACAAGGGCUUCCUUCGGAACGUGGUGUCAGGGGAGCACUACCGAUUUGUGAGCAUGUGGAUGGCCCGAGCAUCCUAUCUGGCUGCCUUCGUCAUCAUGGUCAUUUUUACCCUGAGUGUGUCCAUGCUGCUCCGAUACUCCCAUCACCAGAUCUUUGUCUUCAUUGUGGACCUGCUGCAGAUGCUGGAGAUGAACAUGGCCAUCGCCUUCCCUGCAGCGCCCCUGCUGACCGUCAUCCUGGCCCUCGUGGGAAUGGAGGCUAUCAUGUCGGAGUUCUUCAAUGACACCACCACCGCCUUCUACAUUAUCCUCAUUGUGUGGCUGGCCGACCAGUAUGAUGCUAUUUGCUGCCACACCAACACCAGCAAGAGGCACUGGUUGCGGUUCUUCUACCUGUACCACUUCGCCUUCUAUGCCUACCACUACCGCUUCAACGGGCAGUACAGCAGUCUGGCCCUAGUCACCUCCUGGCUCUUCAUCCAGCAUUCCAUGAUCUACUUCUUCCAUCACUAUGAGCUGCCUGCCAUCCUGCAGCAGAUCCGCAUCCAGGAGAUGCUGCUACAGACACCGCCGCUGGGCCCCGGCACCCCCACGGCGCUGCCAGAUGACCUCAACAACAAUGGGGGCACCCCAGCUGUUGCCCCUGACCCUGCCAGCCAGCCCCCCGCCCUGGACCCUGGCUCACUGGGGGUUGGUGGUAUCUCCAGGCCUGUGGCUGAAGCGCCCAGCUCUCUGGUGGCUGCAGCGGCUUCAGUGGCUGCAGCGGCCAGUAGUGAUCUGGGCUGGAUGGCAGAAACAGCUGCCAUCAUCACAGACGCCUCUUUCCUGUCCGGCCUGAGCGCCUCCCUCCUGGAGCGGAGGGCAGCCAGCCCCCUGAGCCCAGCUGAGGGGUUCCCUCGGGGCCUUCAAGCUCCCCAGGACAGUGUCCCCCCGAGUGACUCCCCAGCACCUGACACUGCCCCCCUAGCUGCCAGAGCAAGUGGGCCCAGCCCUGAGUCCCUGGCCCCAGCAGAUGAGCCCUCGGAGAUUGGUUCCUAAUUCCUGGGCAGCUGAGUACCUCUGUCCCUGGCUGUCUAGGCUAGCUGGGUAUGACCUGGCUGGGGUCCUUGGGGUCAGGGAGGCUAUCCCCAGUGUCUCUGAGACUUCCCAGUUGGCCUUGUGUCAGGGUCCAUCUGGUUUGCCCAGGGGUGGGCUCCUCUUCCCUGGGUGUGGGGCCUGCCCACAGCCUGUCCUUGCCACAUUUGUGGUGUGCCCCCUUAGCCAGCACAUUGAGGCAGGUUGAUGAGCUGGGGCAGGAAAGGGGUGGGGUCUCCAUGGAAGGUUCUGGAAGGGGUUAGUGUACGGUCUGGAGCAAGCUGUAUCUAGGGGCAGAGACUAGCAGGCCUCUGAGCCAGGUGAACACUGGUAGGGACCUCCCUUGCAAUCCUGGCUGCUCAGCUGGUGCUCUGUUGUGUGCAGUGCCUUUUCCACAGCCCCUGCCCCUGUAUGCGUGCCAGGGCUGGGGUAUUGGCACAGGGACAUAGUGUUUGGGCACCAACUGUCAAAGACAGCAACCAGGCGCUAGGGUCCAGCCUUGCUCCUCCUGGAGAGAGCCAGCAGCCCGACUAUGUUACUUGGUGAGGACUGCAGAGUGCUCAUUCCAUUCUAUUUAAUUGCAGUGUACAAAUUGUGUUUGUAUAUAGAAUAAACUGUCUGUUGACAGCACCAACAGCCCAGCCAGUGUCUGCAUGCAACAGGUGCUGGGAUUAGUUCUUGCAGGGUCCGCUGUCAUGCAAAGCCAGGUGGGCCGGGCGUAGUGGGCAUGGCCACCUCCCACAGAUGAAGCUGGUGGAGAUCACACUAGGAGGUCCCCUGGUGCUUCCCUGCAGGCCUAGAGCAGACACUGCCUGGAAGCUGGGCCAGGAGCUCCCCACGCCGCACCAGUGCCUGGUGGAGUCUUGUGCGUGCAUCUGCAAUAUGCUGCUCCAGUUCCUCCAGUUCCCCUGGAUUUGGGGCACCAGUGGGCAGCAUGGUGGGUGGCUGGCCAUUGGAGCAGAGCCAGGCAAGACCCUUGGGCAACCUGGUCCUCUCCAUAUCUGUACCCACUGCUGGUGCAGCAGUGGCCAAGGCUGGCUCCAGUAGGAAGUGUACGUGACACUCCCUUACUGUGGCCUGGUGUACCUGUGUCCAGUCGCACUGGCUUGCAGGGGCAGUUGGUAUAUCUUGCUGCUGCUUCUCCAGACCCCUAGGGAUAGAAGAUAAGUGGGGCUGGGCUGGUGUUCCCUCUCUGUUCUCUGGGGUCAGGGUCCCUGAGGAGGCUGUGGGAUGUGGGAACCAUGGACUGACUAGGAGUAGGAGUGGGGCCCACAGGCUUGAAGGCGAGUGUUGGAGCUGGUGGGCUGGGAGUGACCGCCAAAGCCCCUUACCUGGGCUCAGGUUCCUUCUGUCUGUCCAGUGGCUGUGUGUUGAGGGCACGGUGGAUUCUCUGUGAGCCAGACAGAGCCUGGGUUGGGUUGAGUUGGGUUGGGAGGCUGAUUGGGCUUAUCCACCCUGUGCCAUCUCCUCACCUGGCUUGUGUGUAGCCAGUACUGCAACCUGUUGCUCCUCCGAAUGCAUGGCAGCACCAGGUGGUAGAAGAUGUACUCCCCCAGGGAGCUGAGCAGGGCACUACCCAGGCCCAGACAGAGCAGCACAAAGAGACCCGAGAAGUGGUAGAUUCCCAUCUGCAAGGUCUGCAGAGGGUGUGACACAGGCACAAGCUCUUCAUGGUCAUCGCAGACCCUUGGGGAGCCCUGGCCUAGGGCACACAGGUUGGGCCAGAGAUAGACCUGGUGCAGUGUACUUGUAUUGGGAAGCUAGGGCUCCGUGAUCUGGAGCAAGGUUUCAAGGAGGAGAGGGCACUGGAAUUGGGGUUUUGUAGUAUGAAUAGGAGAACACAAAAGCAGACAAAUACACAUGAGCAGGGAAUUGGCCCCCUCAGUCAAGGCCCAUGCAGGCUCAGGACUCCCACACCUACCCUCACCCUGUG